AUGUCGCUGGCUCUGCAGGGCGCCCUUCUUGUGCGAUUCGUCCUGGGUGCAAUCUUCGUCGCGGUUCAACGACCCCAGUUCGACCCGGUGUGCGUCGCCAGCAACAUGCUUCUCCCUGUCGGCGUCAUCGUCAUGACGGCUGACAUGGGCAUGUUUGGUGUCCUCGCGACCAAGGCUCUCCUGGCGAGGAGGGACCAUUCUGGCCCGGCGCAGUCCAAGACGUUAAUCUUUUUCACUGCUGCGUUUGGCAUCUGGACAGGAUUGAGCAUUCCUCUUUUCUUGGGACUUGAGUCCACUGGCUACAUCUUCCGAACAAUCUUGCCUGCCAUAGGCUUGCUGAUUCUAAUAGGAAUUGUGGCUCUCUCUACGACGGGGUUGGUUUCGCUGCCUACGACGUCUCUUCUGCACUUCCACAAGGGGGAAUCGUCCGAGUCGGCAAACGUCGAGACGGAGACACGCAACCUUUCCGACCCUCUCCAUUCACAAGGCAUGACGUCGACCGCGCCUCCCGCUCUGCCUCUCAUCAGACAGCCAUCCUCCGGCAGGGGUAUUGGAGGAGUUCCCAUCGAGGGCGAACUGUUCCCCCCCAUGCGAACCCAGCAGGCCUCUUUCAAGCCGCACUCUAAGAAGCAAAUGACGGAGAAGGCCUACAAUGGAGGAAAGAUUAUCAUCUCGAAACCGGUCAUGGCGGACUCCAGCGAAACAGACGCCUUCGACCACAUCCAGACCAUGGACCUGGCUGCCGCCGCAGCGAAAGAGCGAGAGCGCCGCGAGAAGUUUCUUCCCCUGAUGAGCUUCGACGCGAUGCUCAAUGAGCCUCUGUUCCCAAAGUCAAGGGAUCUCACGGCCAACUGGCAGACCUCCAACGGCAAAUCUUGGUAUGCCGACGAGGGAAGCAGCCCGGCAGCGCAAGAGCGUUCCUUCGCGACCACCUCAGCUGUGCAGCUCUCGCCCGGCAUGGACGAGACACGCCGACGUUCCCCUCGACACCCCAUUCAAGCUAGCGCUCCCUCUCCAGUGGAGGACCAGACUCGAACACCAAGGGCAGUAUCGCCAAGAUCAACAAAGGCGCUGCUUUCGAAAGCCCACAUCCAGGAGCCAAAGUCGGCCGCAGCACCUCCGCCGCCAAUCAAAGUGCUCCCAGCUGUUCCAGCAGUCCCCUCUUCCAUCGACCAGUUCAUGGUGGAUCCUCGAAUCGCAUCCCUCCCUCGAAGCAAAUCCGUCAAGAAUGAUAUUCGGCCAUCCCGACGUCGACCCCAGUCGCCUGUCGAGGCGGAAGAAGUCAAGGACACCAAGACGCCCCUCCAGCGAAGGGCGACCGUAGGGCUGCCGUUCAAUCCAAGAGCCCGAGCGACCAGGAUGUUCACCGGACAGCGGGGGACUGGCAAGGACCAGCCGAUCAUGUUCUUCAAUCACGAGGAAAGCAGUCACCCUGUGUAUGCCGCGCCCGAACCCGACGACAACAGCGAUGCCCUGUCCCGGAAAUCUGUCAUCCAUCGACCGAGGCCUAUUCCUCGCAAGUCCACUGCUACUUUGGCCGAGUCCAUCUCCUCCGAGACGGACUCCAUGGCGUCCACGGCCGAGCUCCUGGGGACGGUCAGCAGCCCCAUUGACGACAUUUUCACCAUUGUGUCGACACCCAAACUUCCCAUGGUAUCCCCUGUGACGGUCAAGACUCUCUCGCAGAGUACACUGGGCACGGUGGCGAUCUCGCCUGGAUCGUCCGCUUUACACAAGACCGUCAGAAGAACAUCCUACGUUCCUGAUCUGCCGGCUCUCCCCACGGAGUUCAAGGCUCAACAGUCAAAGAUUGCGCAUAAUGUUGCUCCUGAGGUGACCGCUACAAGCAUUUGGACGGUCGCUCCGAAUGAGCACGCUCCCUUCUCUAUGGCCAACAAUGAUGAGCCGCACUCGGCUCACAAUAACCGGCGGUUUUCUGUCAACACUCAAUCAUCGUAUGAGGGAACUAUCGGCCGCAAUUCGGUCGUAUUUGCUUCAGAUGACAAGACGACCGCAUCAAUGGCCCAUCCCCUCACCGAGCGCCGCUCCAGGCACGAGAGCGCUGACUCUGAACUCUCUAUGAUGCUUAGAGCAGCACCACUACCGCCUGUCGCCGGCGAGGGAGGUGUCCCCGAAGUCCCCGCUGUGCCCGUCAUGUUCAAGGAUGGACGGACAACGCCAUUAUCGGAGGAGGAAGAGGAUGCUCAAGAGGCGGCUAAAGAGUUGGCAUCAUGGCACCGACGCAUUGGCGAAGAGCUUCCUGGGUUCUCCACCCAGCUGAACGAUAGGAGACAUCGGAAGCUCCCGGUGCCGAAGCCUCUGGCCCUUGGCAACUCGGCCAACGUUACUGUGGUGGUCCAAGCUGAGCCGUCACCCGAGGAGCCUGAGCAGGAGGCCCUCGACAGAAUCCACGAGCAGCUGAAGAAGUUGGAGGACAAGGAGACGCGCGCAACCAUUAGCGAGAAGCAGCGAUUGGAUCUCUUGGCAAACUUGGAGUCUGAAAUGGGCGCUCAAGAGUCCCAGUGGCAGAUGCUCAAGGUUGACCUUGCCGCAACCCCGUCGACUGUCAUCUCCACGCCAGGCGGCGUCCCCUCUGUGCGCAGCAGCGUCGAUAUCAACAGCGCGCUUUCCAAGGCCAGACUCAGUGCAGGUGCCGGAGACUUGCUCACUGCUCUCCAGGAUGAAGCCAACCGCCGCCUUUCGACUGCUUCAGAGCAAACGCCGAGGGAUGAGGUCAACCGCCGAUCGGCAAGAAUGAGCAUGAUCUCCGUGAGCGCCCGAACACUCUCGCAGAUUGGCAGCCCGACUCCACCAGACACUGAUGAGUCGGGUGCGGAGGAAAGCGACAAUGAUAGCUUGUUGGAAGGCCCCGGGUCGGCCAAGGAGGCACUCGAGUCGUCGGUGCUGAAUACGGCCACUGGCUUUCUGGCUCUGGACGAGAUUCUGAGCAACUCAGUCGAAAGUCAGAACCAGCCAGACUCUCCAGCCGAGUGGGAAGAAGUCUCCCUGCCCACCCCCAAGGCCACGGGCCCCUUUGUACCUACGCAAGCAGAAGAGGAGCCCGAGGCUGCGAUUGCCGAUCCUUCUGAGCCCGAAAGUAUUCGAUUCAGCCUCGCAGACCUGGAGCAGUCCGUGCCCGCACCACCGCCUCCGCGACCGCGAUCAGUCACUCGACGGCCUCCUCGCAUGAGCAAGCGCAUCAGCGCUCUCCCGGACAUUGUCGAAAACCCCGAACCCCUCGCCGGCCGGACGGGAUCUCUCGGUAUCUUUCAGUUUGCCUGGGGUGAGAAGUCAGACUCCGCCACGAUGCCUGUCCGCAUGGUUGGUCUUGGCGGCACCAUGUCCAGCGGCCGCGGCUGGCUGUCGAACCUUCCGCCUUUGCCUUCUCUUCCAUCACAGGCGCUGCCCUCGCACAGCUUUUUUGAAGACGACGAAACCGAUAACGGCCUUGACAACUACGAGGACGAGGACUACGACGAUGGCUUUGACGAUUCCACUCUUUGGGAAAUUGCCGACUUGCUGGAGGCCGAUCUGGAGGGCUCUCGCGACGAUCUCUUCGUGGUUGACAACGAGGACGUAGAGGUUCCCGAAGUUUCCCCUGCCUCCCCAGCCCCUUUGAAGGAGGUUGUGGAGGAACAGGUACAGCUGCCAGUCCCAGCUCUCUGGACGGCCGUGAAGGCUUCUGAGUCGACAAGAUCGUGGGGUCUGCCCCAGCCUACUGGGCGAGACCUGGAAGUGUUUUUCGCCGAAGCUUCUAGGCCGACUGCGCGUGCCGUUCCCCGGAUGAAGGAGGAGGCACCUGCGUUGACAAGCAACUCCCUGUGGCAGGCGUCCAUUGGUGCUUCUGUCGCUAGCAGGAUGUGGUGUGAGCAUAAGGCUCCUUGCGCAGAGGAGAUCAAGACUGCCACAGUUCCUUCAACAGCGGUCUUCACGGCUCUGUGGUCUCCCGUCUCUGCCCCCCGCAGCACUCUAGGAUUGUCGCAGCCUGAUGUCCAGACAUGGAACACUUACAUCGCCCUGCCGACCCGCUCUAUCCAACGCAAGGUUAAUGUACAGAUGAGCGAAGAGAUUAAGAGCACUUCGCUGUGGCAACCCUCAACGGCCGUCGUCUCUCCGUCAACAGCCCUCUGGGCACCCAAGACGCUGGUUGUUGAGCCAUCUUCUCAAUGGAUCUCCGCCCCUUGUGAAGAGGUCAACAGUCUGCUGUGGUCCUCGACUCCUGCAAAGGCUGUUUCUUUCGGCUUGCCACAGCCCGAGACCCAUAUCUGGGCUGCUUACCUUGUCUCAGAAGGUCGUAGCCACCGUGGUGCCUAUGUUCCCACGACUGUCUCCAUUACAAGCUCGUCUCUUUGGGCGCCUACGAGCAAGACUGAGUCGGAGGGCAUGUGGAUGCCCAAGUCAAAGCCUUCAGCUGCUCUGUCUGCUAAGCCAAAGCCCCAACCACUCCCUGUUUCUACUCAGGUGACGAAGGAUCUGCUGUGGUCUUCUACUCCCAUGAAGAAGUUCUCUUUCGGUCUGCCACAGCCUGAGGCCAGCGUCUGGACUGCCUACCUUGUUCCAGAAGAUCGUAGCCACCGAAGUGCCUAUGUCCCUACGAUCGUUUCCAUUACAAGCACGUCUCUAUGGGCGCCUCCUGUUGAGACUCGGUCAGAGGGCAUGUGGAUGCCAAAGUCAAAGCCUUCAGCUGUUCUGUUCGCUGAUGAAACUUCUCAAUCUGUCCCCCAGUCUUCUCCCAAGGUCGUCAAGGACCUGCUGUGGUCCUCGUCACCCAUGAAGCCAGUCUCUUUCGGCUUGCCGCAGCCCGAGGCCAGUGUCUGGACUACUUAUCUUGUUUCUGAGGGUCGCAGCCACCGGGGUGCCUACAACCCUACGGUUGUUUCCAUUACAAGCUCGUCUCUGUGGGUGCCUACGAUCAAGACUGAGUCCGAGGGCCUGUGGAUGGCCAGGUCGAAGCCUUCAGCCACACAGAAUAAGCCACAGCCGAAUGUCAAGGGAACCACGGGCUUGCUGUGGGCUUUGCCAGUCACCAGGAAGGCUUCCCCCUUUGGCCUGCCUCAGCCUGAAGCGAAUGUCUGGGCUACCUAUCUCGUCCCAGAGGGCCGCACCCACCGUGGUGCCUAUGUCCCUGUGGUUGCGACUAUCACUAGCACAUCUUUGUGGUCGCCUACUAGUGAAACCCAGUCAGACGGCAUGUGGAUGCCCAAGUCAAAACCUUCGGCUGUUCAGAAGCUGCCAGAGGUUCAGGAGAAAUCUCUACCAACUGUCAAGGACACCGCAGGCUUUCUGUGGACUUUUCCCGUUAUUACCAAGGUUUCCGUCGGCCUGCCUCAGCCAGACGCCCAGACAUGGGAAUCAUACAUCCCUCGCAUGACCAGCACUCCUCUGCGUAGGGCCAUGAUCUCGCAACCUGCUUCUCUGGAAAGUCAGGCUCUAUGGUCUCUGCCGCCCAAGCGAGAGGCAGCCUCUGGCUUUCUUUGGUGCUCAACCAAGCCGCAACUGAAGAAGCCUCAGCCAGUUGUCAAGAGACUUGCAGGCUCGCUUUGGACUCUCCCAAUCAUUGCCAAGACUUCCGUUGGCCUGCCUCAACCAGACUCCGAGGCCUGGGAAUCGUACAUUCCUCGCGUGGCCAGCACUUCUCUGCGCAAGGUCCUAAUCUCAGAGCCCGCCCCCAUCGAAAGUCAGGCACUGUGGACUCUCGCACCGAAGAAGGCGGCCACUUCUGGCCUUCUUUGGUGCUCGACCGAGGUUCAAGCUGAGGAGAAGCGCGCAGUCCCGCAGAAGCCCAUUCGCUCCCCCAUGGCAGAGGCCGUCGAGAUCCUUCUCCAACCCGCUCCCUCACGCGCCGCUCAUGUGCGCAGCUCCACGGCCGUCCUGAUCACCAAGGAGCAGUGGAACUCUGCCUUCAAGCAGAUUUCGGAGCAGGGCAAGCCGGAAACUCAGGCGCCCGCCGCGGAGCCCAAGAACCGCCCGACCCGCUCCAGGUCGGUCAAGAGCCGUGCAUUCUUCGACCCCGCCGUCAUGGCUCUCAUCGCCGAACUUCCCUCCCCGACCAGCUUCACCACUCCUUCUUCGCACCGUCCCAGCGUCGGACGAUCCAAGAGCGUCUCCUUCUUGCCCUCCACCCGGAGACCAUCUCACUCUGCUUCGUCCAGCUUCCCUGAGGCGGAGGUGCGCCCUUCUGAAUUUAUUUGA